UAGUACAAACCCACCUUUGGGCAUGGCCGCUUCUUGAAUGAUAUUUCUUUUUAAAAAAAAAAAAAAAAAAAAAAAUUCCCCACUAUACAUUAUUUUUAAUUUUUAACUUUUGAAAAAAAAAAUUUUGGGAGCGAGCCGAGCGAUUCCCCGAAGAACCUCUCUCACUCACCCGAACUCAAAAAAAUUUCAAAUUCACCCAAAAUUUUUUUCUCUACAAUACAUGGCCUUUCACGUAGCUUGCCCAAUUACAUGUCGGCGAAUCUGUUUCUGUUCGUUAGGGUUUCCUCGGAGCCUUCACACAGCCAAGGGCAGGAUUGACUUUCUGUUGGAUGUUUCUAGAAUCGAUCAGUUUUUGAAGGACCCCUGGCGGAUUCGGCCCAGUUCCGAUAAGUCCGCUGGCGAAAACGACACCGUCCAGGUUCUUGUCCCUAAGGUCGUCGCCCCGCCUCCGCUGCCUCCGGUUGUCGUGGAUGGAGGGAUUGGUGGUAUCAAUGCGGUGGACGAGGUCGCCGCCGCCGCCUCCGCUCAGAGUAAGCGCAUCGCCCUUCAGAAGAAGGCCGCCGCCGCAAUGGUCGCCGCCGAAGAUUACGCUAGGCGGUUCGAGUCCGGAGAUCUCGCGGCGGAUACGUCAAGAGGUCAUGCAGGGGAAGAGCAGGGUCAGUCCAACGUGAAUGUAAUGUGCCGGUUGUGCUUCUUUGGUGAAAAUGAAGGUAGUGAGAAAGCAAGGAGGAUGCUUCCAUGCAAGAAGUGUGGUAAGAAGUACCAUAGGAGCUGUUUGAAAUCUUGGGCUCAACAUAGGGAUUUAUUCCACUGGAGUUCAUGGGUCUGCCCCUCCUGUCGAAUUUGCGAGGUGUGCCUAAAAAUGGGAGACCCAAAUAAAUUUAUGUUCUGUAAACGGUGUGAUGGCGCUCACCACUGUUACUGCCAGCAGCCUUCGCACAAGAAUGUCAGUUCUGGGCCUUACUUGUGCCCAAAGCACACGAGAUGUCACAGCUGUGGCUCGACUGUCCCAGGAAAUGGCUCGAGUGUGAGGUGGUUUCUUGGUUACACUUGCUGUGAUGCUUGUGGAAGAUUAUUUGUGAAGGGGAACUAUUGCCCUGUAUGUUUGAAGGUAUAUAGAGAUUCAGAGUCAACACCAAUGGUUUGCUGUGAUGUUUGCCAGCGCUGGGUGCAUUGCCAGUGUGACGGUAUCAGUGAUGAAAAAUAUGCACAGUUUCAAGUAGAUGGAAAUCUUCAGUACAAAUGUCCCACAUGUCGUGGGGAGUGCUAUCAGGUCAAGGGUAUUGAGGAUGCUAUUCAAGAACUUUGGAGAAGGAGGGACGAAGCUGACCAAGAUUUAAUUGCUAGCUUGAGGGCUGCUGCAGGUUUGCCAACCCAAGAAGAAAUAUUUUCUAUUUCACCUUAUUCAGAUGACGAAGAAAAUGGUCCUACAAGAUUAAAGAAUGAAUUCGGACGGUCCUUGAAGUUUUCUCUCAAAGGGUUGGUUGAAAAGUCGCCAAAAAAGGCCAAGGAUUAUGGAAAGAAGUCUUCAAAUAAAAAACAUGCCAAGAAGAAAGGAUAUGAGGCGAUCAGUAACAUAGAAGCCCAGGAGGGUUUCGAAGGACAUAAUGAUGCCCAUUCUUUUGGAUAUGGCAUGGAUGAUGAGAAGAGUGACGAGAAGCAGUUCCAUGGAAAGGAAGGUCUGGAAAGGGAUUAUUUUCCCAUGGCUGGAAAUCUGAAUCAUACUGAAGGGAUUUGCUCAAUCAAUCAACCGGGAGUUUUGAAACACAAGUUUGUUGAUGAGGUGAUGUUAAGUGAUGAAGAUAGGGUCCCCAAAGUUGUUCGACUCAAGAAUAGUAAGUCUUAUAGUUUGGAUACUGGAGAAGACGCUGGAAAACAGGCUAGCAAGUCAAAAAAUGUGAAAGGAAAGAAGAUUGUUAUAAGUCUAGGUCCACGAAAAAUAAAUGUUACUAACUCUCCUAGGUCGGAUGCUUCAAGCUGUCAGAGAGAACAAGAUCUGAUGACCUCCAAUGGCAGUGCAAAUACAAGCCAGUGGAAAACGAGUGACAAACUUACAGUGGAUAGACAUGUUGGUACUGCUAAAUUUGGUGAUAGUAAAGGAGACAGAACUGAUAGCUCUGGACAACUGAAGCUUUUGAAGGUUGCUGGGAAAGAAGGAAAUUUGCUAAAAUUGGGCAAAGUUAAAUCAGAAGUUUCUGAUGUAAGCCUCAAAUUUGGCAGAGGGAGCAGUGUUGAUGCACAUGAAAGUGCUACUCAAGAGCAUACACGAAUUUUAUUGGGAAAGAGAAACAGUGGAGGAAACACAGCUGCAUCAGGGUCUUUUGGUGAAGUAAGAGGUAGCAAGGAGUUGUUGGGGAGGCCAUCGGAAAGGAGGCCUGAGAUGUAUGAUGAAGGUAAUGAUGAUUAUGGUCAGACUCCUGGUUCACAUUUGCCAAAAGAUUCAAAACCCUUGCUGAGGUUCAAAUUUAAGAAACCCACCCUUGAAAAUCAGAAAUCUCCUCAUCCUGAGGAAGAGAGGAGUUCUAUCAAGGGCCAAAGGUCAAAACGGAGGAGACCCUCUCCCUUGGAGAAAACAUCUCAAGAUGUGACACCGUUACAACAAGAAAAUUUGAUGGAUGAGAUUAUGGACGCUAAUUGGAUACUGAAAAAGUUGGGUAAAGAUUCAAUUGGAAAGAGAGUCGAAGUUCAUCAGUUAUCCGACAAUUCAUGGCACAAGGGAGUGGUUACCAACAUAAUUGAAGGCACGUCAUCAUUAUCUGUUAGCCUAGAUGAUGGUAAAGUGAAGACCUUGGAGCUUGGCAAACAAGGGAUUCGCUUUGUUCCUCAAAAGCAGAAGAGAUCAAGAACAUGAAGGCCGAGCUUGUUUUUGAUGGGUGUACAUUUUGUUUGGAAGUUUUGUUUCAUGUGAAAGGUGAAGAGGCAGCUCUCCAUUCUCCAAGGCCGCAAGAGGUGCUGAGUUUAUUCCUUCCCAUCGCUUGUGGUACUGCUGAUAUUUUGCCGCAGGAUUAUUGUUGGCUGGGCUAUUCAGUUUUCUAAACGGCCAAUCCCAUUCAACCUUUGUUUCAUUCUAGUAGUUAAAAUGUUCUCCAUAUUUUAUUCCUUUAUUAUUCCCCUUUCUUUACAUGAAUCUGAGUAAACUUUGAUUCUUAGAUGUAGCUUUGCUUCGGUCACCACUUUGGUGUGGAACUCAGACAUUUAGGAGUCCACUGUAACCAAGUAGGAAUGGGUGGCCUGAAAAAUGUUAGCCUCUGUUAGUGACUAGAUUGUGAAUAACAUACUUCAUCUAUUAGCUUAUUA